AUGCCGCCGGCUGCCAGGGCAGAGGAAGGCCGCAUCACUGUUUGUGUCCGGGCUCGUCCCCUCAGUGAGCGCGAAAAACGCUUGAAUUCGCCGUCGUGUCUUCUAUUUCAUGAGGGGAAAGUGGUGCGGAUUUUCAAGACGGGCUGUCCUGGAGAUGGCGCGGGGGGAAUAAAUGAGGCUGACGCGGCGAAAGUCUUUGCUUUUGAUCAUGCCUACGACUCUGACGUGACACAGGCCUCCGUGUACGAGGACCUGGGACUGCCUGUGCUGGCCUCUAGUUUUAAGGGGUUUAACACCUGCAUCUUUGCCUAUGGCCAGACGGGAAGCGGGAAGAGUUACUCGAUGAUGGGCCCCUCGGGUGGCAGGGACGUGUUUGUGGACCCGGGUAUUAUUCCUCGUUUGUCAAAAGGGCUCUUUGCCAUUGUGCAGGAACGACAGGCCAAGAAUCAGAACGAUCGUGAGGCGGCGCGUGCGAAUGCGGUGGAAGAGCACGCCCUCCCACCUGAGCUAAAUACAAUAGUUCUAGUGAGUUACCUGGAAAUCUAUCAAGAGCGGGUGAAUUGUUUACUGAACAGCAAACUUGAGAAUCUCAAGGUUCGUGAGCACCCGGUGCUUGGCGUCUACGUGGAGGGGCUUAGCGAGGUGAAGGUGUCUUCGGAGGAGGAAAUGAUGCAGGUGAUGGAGAGAGGCAACCAGGACCGCCACACAGCCGCGACGAAGAUGAAUGAUCGUUCCAGCCGAUCCCAUGCCAUCUUCGCCAUCUCACUCAUUCAAGAGAGAAAGAGCCUCACAAAGGACGGUAAGAGCACCUCAACAGUGCUUCGAGCCAAAAUUAGCCUUGUGGACCUUGCGGGCAGUGAGCGGGCAAAGUCGACCGGGGCGGAAGGAGACACACUCCGCGAAGGGGCCAACAUCAACCGGUCUCUCACAGUUCUGGGCCAGGUGAUCAAUGCUCUGGCACAGGUCAGCAAACAAAAAUCGGACGCGGCAGGCUCUAGGCAUGUCCCAUACCGAGAUUCAACACUGACUUUUAUUUUAAAGGAGUCCCUUGGAGGCAACAGUAAAACGUUCAUGUUGUCGACGCUCAGCCCUGCGGCAGCAAACUACGAGGAAACGCUAAGUACGCUGCGAUACGCUGAUCGCGCCAAAGCCAUUGUGACACGAGCCAUCAUCAAUGAAUCGCCAGGAGACAAGAAAAUACGUGAAUUACAAGAGGAGGUGCGUGUGUUGCGAGAGAAGAUGCAGCACUAUGAGGAACUGGUUGCACAUGGGGGUGUCGUGAGUAGCUUUCCCGUCUGUGGUUCUCAAGGGGCCACGAAUAAUACCGAUAAAAAUGGGGAAUCAACAGCCAUUGUGGAAGAUGACAUGAUCUAUGCCCACGCUAAGACGCCGAGGCAAGCGGGGGAUGCGGCGGCGCUAGAGCGAGAAUUACGCCGUUCGGAGACGUUAAUUCAACACCUUGUGGCUAACAAAGGUAUCUCACUAGAGGCGUCUACGCCGCUUACUGCGUAUCCGUUUAUCCCCACAAUUAGAGUCAAUCGGAAUGAUCCGUUUCUCCUUAAUAUGGAUGGAGUUGGGGAUUGGGUGGUGGAGUACCUUUUCGCGGGCACAACGUACUUGGGAAGCGAAGCAUCUGCGACGGAAAACAAUACCCGUUGCAUUGUGAUCAGUGGGGAGCAAACAGCCGGUAUCGCCCCUCGGCAUUGUUGUUUUGUCAGGCAAGAGAGUGGUGAUGUGCUGCUUCGACCGCUGGACGACAACCUGACCUACAUUGACGAUGAUCCGGACCCCGUCGACGAAGAUACUCCGCUGAAAAGUGGCACCGUCGUCUGCCUGGGCGACGAAUAUGUGCAGUUUAAGUUUAUUGACCCCAGCGCACCACAACCGAUGGCGCGGCGGCGCAAUGUGAGAAGCACGGAACCUUCCUCCAUCAAUGCCUCUGGCCUCAACGCCAAGUCGUCACCUCUAUUUCCCAGUCAAGGCCUGAAGUCAUCUCCAAUGGCUGCCGGUGCCGGUGGUGGCAUGGUUGGCUAUCCGAAUGUGCCGGCCUUACGACUGAAGGAAGCGCUGCAGCGCGGCCAAGCGCACGGCACACGGGUGACAAACGUGCACCGCGACCCAAUGACGCCAACAGGGCGUUGCAUGGCUACACCAGGCGCUGUUUCUAUGGUGGGCAUCACUCCACGGACGACACGGACAACCGGCAGGGUCGUUAUUUCCCCCAGUGAUGAACUCACUGUUAUGUACCGGCAUACAUUUCUUUUUAUUGGUGCCAGCAAUUCAGGAAAGAGUGCCUUUCGUGAAAAUUUGCAAAAACCCGACAGGUGGUACUCAAUGUUUGCAAACGAUAAACUGCACGUACGACCAACCUUUGGUGUGGACUCCUCUUUGAUUGAGACAGCCGCAGGAAAACAGAGUGUGCAGAUGAACCUGAUGGAGUUGAGUGGCAAUGGAUGUUUCUCCUUCUUUGAGGGACUUUUACCAACGCGGCGUGUGACCUAUGUCUUGUGUUUCUCGCUUCAGGAGAUGCCAUCACUGGAGACGCUGCAGCCCAUACUGGAGUUUAUUCUCUGUCGAACCUCUAGUAGGGAUGCAACCGUGGUUCUCAUUGGGACUUACCUUGACAAGUUUCGUCUCGACGAGGCUGAGUUGUCCCAGUUAUUUGCCACCAUAGAGGCGGAGAUAAAUAACUAUUUUCGUCUUGUGCAGGCCAUUCCGGAGAAGCGUCCCUCUGUAGUGGGACGCUUUGCGGUGGACAACAUUGCCCGUGUGGUGGUUUCCCCGGGAUUUGCCAAAAUGAGGAGGUUCCCUGAGCUGUUGUGCUGGUUCGGUGAACAGGCUCUGCAGCGGUGCCGCAAUGAUGCCGAAUUCCCUAAUGCUGAGGUGCCCUUGCGGGCGCUGGCGCUGUCGAAAAAGAUUCGUGAGCUGGCUCGUGAGGGGCAAUGGUAUCUCACCUCCGCAAGCUAUAAAGCAAUUGCCAAGGCUGUGGAUACCCGCUAUGGUUUAAGCAGGGAUGACUUGCAUCGCCACACCCAGCUUCUGGUGAGUUGGGGCGUCUUACAUCAUUACUUCAGGCACCUUACGAUGAAGAAGUACGUGAUGGUGGAUGUGAAAUGGGUGUUUCGUGUGGUGGCCGUAUUGUCCUCCUGUGCACCCUCACUUGGUUUUGGUAUUGAGCCUAGUACCUCGUGGAAGCCUCUGCCGUUGAUAAAAUGCCAAAGUUUGAUGGAAAAAAUGCAAGAUGUACUGCCUUUCGACGUUGCCGCUGUCCUUGCCUCGGACGUCUACUCGGUGCUUGACCGCGGUGUUUUGUCAAUUAAGACAGCCAUGCUGCUUUUUCGCGGGGUUAUGGCAGAUAAGGGCUUUGAUUUCUGCUCCCUCACUGGCCUCUUGGAGGUGCUGCGCAGCUACGACUUUGUCAUCAUGGGAAGCCGCCUGAAGUUUUCAUCCUUCAUGGGUGACCUGGCGGAGGAUACGUCACUUGGGAGGCGUGACGCUGCUCUGACGACGGGGACAGAUCACGUUGCGAGCACUGCCCUGGGACGCACCGCCGCGGACGACGAAGCGGUGGAGGAGGAAGAGGAAGAGGAAGCGACAACGCCGGCGGCGUCCAGUUCAUCGGUGGAGAUGUUUCUCCUUAUUCCUGCUUGCUUCAAUUCGCAACCCCCGUCGGCGUUCAAUGUGCAUUUGCCAUCCUUUCUGUUCGGCCCUUUUUACCGCUUCACGCUCAACAUUGUGCCACGCAACUUCUUCUCGUGCGUCAUGAGUCGUGUGGCGCACCUUGCAGAAAAAAUAUACCUCGGCCCCGUCAGCGCCCGCCAGGUGCCGGUGGAGGACCUCGUGGGUGGGGAGUGCGACGGCAUUACAAUCACCGGCAGCAUCCACAACAGCUUCUUAGACCACGACGCCCGCAAGAGUGAGGCGAGCGGCGUGGGAGAAGGUACAACUGGCAAAUCAACAGGCAUGACGUCGAUGGUGGACAAGAGUCACUUUUGGGAGUCCACGGCGUGGGUAAUAAGCUCGGCUAGAAGCCGCGCGCUCAUUCGUAUGGUGCAACACUCUCUCCUCAUCACAUUCCACGACCUUGACGACGACGAGGGGUUUUACAAUGGCCUGCUCCACGUUGUGCGCAACCUCGUCUAUGAGAGUCCUGGUGUACAGUGCGAGGAGAGCAUCCUGUGCUCGCUGGAUUUCAUGGAUGAGGGGGAGAAAGCGAGCGAGGUUCACGGCGACAGGGUCUACUGGCGGGGCGUCGACGAAAACCUCAACUCAUUGGAGAAGAUCCGACAGCGCGAGCAGUUUGCGCUCAUGACGGCGCGUGGCACGACGUCCCGGAUGCGCCGUGGCGCUGGUCGCUUGCGAAACACCGCCGACGACACGAUGAACAACGAGGAUGGCGCCAUGCUGAUACCGUUUGUGCGAAACCGCACGGAACUCAUUGACGUGGAGGCGUCAGUGUGCCGCGUCUGCGAAGACUCCCUCUUGACAAACGAAGUGCUGCGUGGGGUGAGUGAGGCGCUGCACGCGAUGAACAACGCACAGCGUCGCGGCAGCGGCGCGGGGCAGUGCAGGGCGAUGGACCGCCUUGUAGACGUACUUGCGCAGGCGUAG